AUGGAUUACUCACCCCCCUCCUGCUUGCCACCAUCCCUCCUGCAAGCCACCACCCCUCCUGCGUGCCAUCACCCGUCCUGCGUGCCACCACCCUUCUGUGGGCCACCACCCUUCCUGCAGGCCACCACCCCUCCUGUGUGCCACCACCCUUCUGUGGGCCACCACCCUUCCUGCGGGCCACCACCCCUCCUGUGUGCCACCACCCCUCCUGCAUGCAACCACCCCUCUUGCAUGCCACCACCCCUCCUGCGUGCCACCACCCAUCCUGCAUGCCACCACCCCUCCUGCACGUCACCCCCCUCCUGCGUGCCACCCCCUCCUGCACACCACUCACCCUCUGGCACGCCACAUGCCCUCUUGUAUUCCAUCCGCCCUCCUCCUGCAUAUUUCAGUCAUGAUGUAAAUUGGUUUGUGGCACUUUGUGAAAAUCAGUUAUGA